AUGGCGGCGGGGAGGAAGGUCCUGACCCUGGACUCCGUGAAUCCAUGUGUCAAAGGCGCCAGGCUCCCCACGCUGGGGCCCCUGCUGGAGAGGGCCUCGGAAAUCCAGCGCCAGCUGGCGCAGGGAGAGGAGAAGCCCUUCCGGGAGGUUAUCUGGUGCCACUCGGGGGACCCCCACGCUGCAGGCCAAAGACCCAUCACCUUCCUACGCCAGGUGGCUGCCAUCUGCGCUUACCCAGAGCUGCUGCAUGCCGACUCCAUGCCACGGGACGCCAAGCAGCGAGCCAGCCGCAUCCUGCAGGAGCUGAACAGCUCCAGUGCCGGGGCGUAUAACAUGGAGUACGUCACCACCGCUGUCCCCCAGAGGGUGGCCCGCUACCUAGAGAGGAGAGACGGGGGCAUCCGCUGUGACCCCAGGAACAUCGUCACGUGCGGGGGCAUCACCACGGCCAUAGUGGACUUCCUCUCCCUGGUGGUCAAUGAGCAGGACCCCAGGAGGGCGGGCGUGCUGCUGCCGGUGCCCGGGCACCCUCUCUUUGCGGAUGCCGUAGCACUGGCCGGUGCCGUCGGGGUGCAGUACCAUCUGGACGAGGAGGGCGACUGGGCCCUGGACGUUGGGGAGAUCAGGCGGGUGCUCAGCCAAGCCAGGGGACACUGCACCCCCAAAGUGCUCUGCGUCAUCAACCCCGGAUACCCGACGGGCCACGUGUUGAGCAGGAGGCACAUCCAGGAUGUUCUUCAGCUGGCUGCCCGGGAGAGGCUGCUCCUGCUGGCGGAUGAGGUUCACCAGGACUGUGUGUUCACCCCGGACUCCCCCUUCCUCUCCUUUAAGCGGGUUCUGUGUGAGCUGGGCCCCGCAGUCUCCAGCGCGGUGCAGCUAAUCUCCUUCUACUCCGUCUCCAAGGGCUUCGCCGCAGAGUGAGUGCACCCCCUGCUGCCAGACCUGGAAAUGCCCCUUCUCCCCCUGUGGAUGCUCCAGAUGGUGGGUCCUUCCUGACCC